GGUAACAAUAUAGUAAAGGAGAAUGGCAUCAUCCAAUACUUUACAAAAGGCCAUUGACCUUGUCACAAAAGCCACUGAGGAGGACAAGAACAAAAAUUAUGAAGAAGCUCUGCGUUUGUAUGAACAUGGUGUAGAAUACUUUCUCCAUGCAGUCAAAUAUGAAGCUCAGGGUGAAAGGGCUAAAGAAAGUAUAAGAGCCAAGUGUCUACAAUACCUUGAUAGAGCUGAAAAACUGAAGGAGUACCUCAAGAAAGACAGCAAAAAGAAACCAGUCAAGGAUGGAGAAUCCAACUCCAAAAGUGAAGAUAAAAAAAGUGACAGUGACAGUGAUUCCGAUAAUCCUGAGAAGAAAAAACUUCAAGGCAAACUUGAAGGUGCUAUUGUAGUAGAGAAGCCACAUGUGAAGUGGAGUGAUGUAGCUGGUUUAGAGGCAGCUAAGGAAGCUUUGAAAGAAGCUGUUAUCCUCCCCAUCAAAUUCCCUCAUCUCUUCACAGGCAAAAGAAUACCUUGGAAGGGAAUCCUUCUCUUUGGACCUCCUGGUACUGGUAAAUCUUAUUUGGCUAAAGCUGUUGCUACUGAAGCCAAUAACUCGACAUUUUUCUCUGUGUCUUCUUCUGAUCUUGUGUCCAAGUGGCUUGGUGAAUCUGAGAAGUUAGUGAAGAAUCUUUUCGAGCUAGCUCGGCAACACAAGCCAAGUAUUAUAUUCAUUGAUGAAAUAGAUUCUCUAUGCUCGUCUCGAUCCGACAACGAAUCCGAAUCGGCUCGACGAAUCAAAACCGAAUUUCUUGUACAGAUGCAAGGUGUGGGUAACGACAUGGAUGGUAUUCUAGUACUCGGAGCCACAAAUAUCCCUUGGGUACUUGACUCUGCUAUCAGGAGACGUUUUGAGAAGCGUAUUUACAUCGCACUACCUGAAGAACAUGCGCGUUUAGAUAUGUUCAAGUUGCAUCUGGGAAACACGAGGCAUCAACUCACUGAGCAGGACCUGAAAGUUUUAGCAACUAAAACUGAAGGAUACUCUGGUGCUGAUAUCUGUAUUGUCGUUCGAGAUGCGUUGAUGCAGCCCGUGCGUAAAGUGCAGUCUGCUACACACUUCAAGAAGGUAUCUGGUCCCAGCCCAUUAGACCCUAAUGUUAUUGCAAAUGACCUUCUAACUCCUUGCUCACCUGGCGACCCAGGCGCGAUUGAAAUGACUUGGAUGGACGUCCCCGGCGAUAAACUGAAUGAACCUCCAGUAACUAUGUCUGACAUGUUGCGCUCGUUAGCUAUUUCGAAACCAACUGUAAAUGACGAAGAUAUGGUCAGACUUAGGAAGUUCAUGGAAGAUUUUGGUCAGGAAGGAUAAAUUGAUG